AUGGUCAAGGCAGCAAUUGGACAGAUAUGCUCGACAAACGACUUGACGCACAAUCUUGAGCAGUGCAAGAAGCUUGUAAAGAAGGCCGUCGCCGAGAACGCAAAGGUCCUCUUCCUCCCCGAGGCCGCCGACUACCUUGGUUCUUCGCCUGAUGAGUCCUACAACCUUUGCAAGUCCGUCAAGGACUCACCUUUCGUCCUGGGUCUGCAAGAGGAGGCAAAGAAGAACAGCCUGUGCAUCAAUGUUGGCAUUCACGAGCCUUCAGAGGCACCCAAGAAGAUCAAGAACACCCUGAUCUGGAUUGACGAGAAGGGCGAGAUCACACAACGCUACCAGAAACUACACAUGUUUGACAUGGAGUUGGAGGACGGUCCUCAGAUGAAGGAGAGCGAUACUGUCGAGCCCGGAAACGCUGUCUUGAAGCCUUUCGACUCGCCUGUCGGCAAGAUCGGCUCGGCCAUCUGUUUCGACCUGCGUUUCCCUGAGCUUGCUCUCUCAUUGAAGCGUCAAGGAUGCGACGUCCUCUGCUACCCCUCAGCUUUCGCCCCCGACACUGGAAAGUUCCACUGGCACGCACUGCUCCAGGCUCGUGCCAUCGAGUCACAGUCAUUCGUCGUGGCACCUGCUCAAGUCGGCCCUCACAACGAAAAGAGAUCAAGUUAUGGACACUCCCUCAUCGUCGAUCCUUGGGGCAGAAUUCUUGCAGAGUUGGGUAGCGAGGAAGACUUCAACAAGAAGGGCGACUCAUGGGAGCCUGAACUCGCCACUGCAGAGAUUGACCACGAUCAGUUGAAGACCAUCAGGGAGGGUGUACCUCUUCACAGAAGAACUGAUGUCUACGCCGAAGUAUAA